AUGCUUUCGGCAGCGAUUUGUAUUUUACUGGCAACAUCAGCAUGGACUAAAAAAAGUCCAAAUUAUGGAGAUGAUCCAUGGCAAUCCAGAAGUGCAUGGAAUCUAAAACGGCAACCCAGACGUGCAUGGCCUCUGCCACCAGGGAGAGAAGUUCCUACUCUGCCACCAGUAAUCCGUCCAUUGCCAGAAACUACUCAGCCACCAGGAAGCCGUCCAUUGCCAGAAAACCCUACUCGGCCACGAAGAAGCGGUGGAGUUUCUCCGGUGGAUCGCAAACAAACUGCGCAAACUGUUUUCAAUUUCAACUCUAAUAUAAACUCCAUCAAUUAUGGUUCACUCAACAUCGCCAGUGGAGUUCUUCCAAGGAGUCAAUUAUUCAACCACGCAAUGCCUCAGAAUCCCGAAAUAAAUGGGCAAGAAAAACAGCAAAAGGGAUCAAAGACAAACUGGACAGCAGAAGUCAAGUUCCCGCAACUGGAAGCAGUUUUAUCGCAACUAUCAGCAUUUCUAAGCUCCUGGUUCAAACAACAGACAACCACCAAAGCGCAAAAGACAACUACCAAAGCGCCGAAGAAGAUAACGCCAAAGCCAGACUACACAAUAGAAAAGUUCACACCGCAACAACUAGAUGCAUUUCUAAGCUUUUUGUUUAAACAGCAGACAACCACCAAAGCGCAGAAGACAACAAAAUAGCCGCUGGUGGAUGUUGGAACUUGGAAAUCGGCCUAGAGUGAAUUAUUGGUUCGGUUUGAAUGAAUUGAUGAAGUAAAAUAUUUCAAAGCUUUCUAGCCAAACAUGUUCUUGCAAAUAAAAUGUGG